AUGGCCUUGAGAAACCACAGUAUCAUCACUGAGUUCGUCCUCCUCGGGCUGUCUGCUGACCCCAAGAUCCAGGCUCUGCUAUUCGUGCUCUUCCUGGCUAUUUACAUCCUGACUGUGAUGGGGAAUGUGAUGCUGCUGCUGGUCAUCAGGGUUGAUUCUCACCUCCACACACCCAUGUACUUCUUCUUGAGUCACCUCUCUUUUAUUGAUCUCUGCUUCUCUUCAGUCACUGUGCCCAAGAUGCUGGAGAACCUGCUGUCUCAGAAGAAAACCAUUUCAGUAAAGGGCUGCCUGGCUCAGAUAUUCUUUGUGAUUAUCACUGGAGGGACUGAAGCCUGUCUUCUUGCAGCAAUGGCCUAUGACCGUUACACAGCCAUUUGUCACCCUCUGCUUUAUAACCAGGUGAUGAGCAAACAGCGUUGUGUUCAGCUUGUGUGGGGCUCAUGGAGUCUGGGCUUUCUGGACACACUCAUCAAUGUCCUUCUGGCAGUGAAAAUGGACUUCUGUGAUACCUAUAUCAUCCCCCACUACAGCUGUGAGUUACCCUCUAUCUUCCCUCUGUCUUGUUCUGAUGUCUCCACCAACUUCCUUGUCAUGCUCUGCUCCAUUAUCCCACAUGGGCUUAUAACUUCCCUUUCAAUUUUUUUCUCCUAUGUCUGCAUCAUCUCCACCAUCCUUAGCAUCAGCUCCACUUCUGGCAGAAGCAAGGCCUUCUCUACCUGCUCCUCCCACCUCACUGCGGUGAUCUUUUUUUAUGGGUCAGCUUUUCUCCGCUAUCUCAUGCCAGCCUCAGGCUCACCUCUGGAGUUGAUCUUCUCUGUGCAGUAUGGUGUGAUCACUCCCAUGCUGAAUCCCCUCAUCUACAGCCUGAAGAAUAAGGAGGUAAAGGCAGUUGUGACAAGAAAGCUAAGAAAGUAUUUAUAA